AUGUUCUGUGUUCCAUAAUUGUGAUAAUAUUUUCUAUCGUAUUAUUCUUUUCCAGAAGUUCAAGUCACAUGUUAUGUUGAUGUCAACAUGUAAUGUUGACUCUCAUGAAGACAUUUUUCUCUGACAAUGGAAUAUACGUUUGCCAAGCAGAAAAUGAACUCGGCUCCUCUUCAGAUUCCACAACAGUUUCAGUUCUGGGUAAGAGCACUCUGUCAGUGAAGUCGCCCACUCCUCAAGACAGCGGAGCUUACACUUGUGAGGCUCGAAAUGAUGUCAGCAAAGAUGCGGUACCCAUGUCAUCGACCAUUGAACACUUGGUCGGUCAUCCUCUCGACUGUGUGGACCCUCUUAGAUCCUCCCUCGCCAAUAGAGAUCUCAAUCCUCCCGUCAGAUGA